AUGGCAGAGUUGGGGGGCCUGGCAGAGUCCUCGCUGGGGCUUGGUGCACCCGGUAACCAGGGCAACAAGCCUAUAGCCUACAUCCAAGGUGGUAUCCAUGCCCGGGAGUGGGUCAGCCAAGCUACCAUGAUGGGACUCGUCAAACAGCUUAUCGAUGGGUACAACACAAAUUAUAAAGUAAAAGCAAUGUUGGAUACCUUUGACUGGUAUAUUGUACCUGUAUUAAACCCCGACGGAUACUCAUACACAUGGACAAACGUAAGUCUAAUCAUCUUAUUCAUUUUUUUUAAAAUCCAUAAUCGUAAUCCUUAUCAUGAAAUUUCUAUUCCGACAAUCUUCUUGACCGUAUGUGGCGUAAAAAACAGACGCAAGGCUGACGGAAACGUUUGCACAGGAAUCGACCUCAACAGAAAUUAUGCCUAUGAAUGGGGAGGUGAUGAAGCUAGCCCAGUGAGCUGCAGUGAGACCUACCGGGGUCCUAGACCACUCUCGGAGCCCGAGCACCGGGGUGUAACCAGCUUUCUUCUUGAAAAACAACAAACCAAUGGUGUUCAUCUCUUCUUGGAUGUUCACAGCUACGGACAGUACUGGCUCUACCCAUGUGGCUACACGGGCUCGAAAACUGUCCCCCUGCCCGAUAGACGCGAUCUGGUAGAUAACAAUUUAAUUCUUCCUUUGAUUUCUUAGUAUUUUGUGUUUUGUAUUUGU